AUGGCUCCGUUGACUCCAGCCGCCGUUGCCGCAAUUGCUCGACUGAGAGCUUUCCACCCGCCUCCGUUCUCGACAUGGGACCAUUUGUCACUGAGCAGAAAAGCUGCUGUUCUGAUCUUACUAUUCGCGGACAGGAGAGGCGAUCUCCGCGUAGUUCUGACGAUGCGUGCAGCGAGUUUGAGGAGCUAUUCAGGGCAAGCUGCGUUUCCAGGUGGGAAGGCGGACACCCUCGACGAGGAUCCAUUCGACAUAGCGAGACGGGAAGCAUACGAAGAGAUUGGUCUUCCUCGAGACGACUCCAAGAUCCCGUCUCCUUUUCGGAUAGAACAUCUAUGUCAGCUUCCUUUCAGUUGUGCAAGGACUGCGCUCGCAGUGAGACCUUGCGUGGCAUUCCUACAUUCGGACGACAACGGAGGGGGGGAUGCUGCGAGUGUUGAAGAAGCCAUGAUUCCCAAAUUGGAUGCAAAAGAGGUCGCGGCAGUUUUCACGGCGAGAUUCCACAAUUUUCUCAGAGAAGAGGACGAAGUCCAUGAUGGGGAAGAUGUCCCUGGGUCUCGGUCUGACUGGUACAGGGGAGCAUGGGUGGACUUCAAUCACAGCCGGUGGCGGAUGCACGAAUUUUACGUUCCGAUCAACAAUCAACUGGUCACCAAGCCCAAGGUGCGCGAAGGGGGACCGGCAGCUAUCGCCGACUCGUUAGAUGAGGAGGAAGGGAAGGAUGAGGCCGGCAUGAUGAGAUACAAGGUAUGGGGAAUGACAGCAAGGAUAUUAGUGGAUGCUGCCAGGGUGGCCUACGGGGAAGAGCCCGAAUUCGCGGUAGGGCUCCCUAGUCCCAUACAUAAUACCCAUUUAGGAGACGAAGCGAUGAUUGAGAAUCUGUAUAAGAUGAAUCGCUUCGGAGAGAAGGUCCCCGGUGGGCUUACGGACGCGGAUAUUCAAGCAGCCCGCGCAGGAGUGGCGCAGACCAAAAUUUAG